AUUUUGUAUUGCUUUCUUCCUUUAUUCGUAACAUGAUUGCGAGUUGCUCCAUUUCCUACAUUCAUAACAAACAACACAUGUAUUUUUAUUUGCGGUUUGACGACGGUGAAGGAACAACGGCUUCACGUGUAAGGCAAUUUCGUAAUUUUUAGAGGAGGUUGUGUGGGCCAUUUUCAAGAAAAAAGUAUUUACGAAUGUUGCUCACCGCUUUACGAAACGCAAUACGUGGCAAAAGCAAAGAGCAUCUCAAGGAAUUACUCAUAAACUCAAAGGGAGGAGGUGCUACAGCCGGCAAAGCAAUGAGUGCGACAGAAAAUCAGCAGCAGCAGCAACUGGUAAAGAACAAAACACAGAAGGGUGAUAAGCCCAUAGUUUUGCGGAAAGAGCGUCAACAACAGGCAGCCAAAAAGAAAGCUGUUCCAUAUAUACCAGGCACAGUGACACUGCAAAUUUUGGGAGGCGGCUCCAAUGGUUCGCCGGCUUCAGUUUAUUUGUUUACCGAUCAAUCGCGUUAUCUGUUCAACUGUGGUGAGGGCACCCAGCGUUUGGCCCAUGAGCACAAGACUAAAUUAGCUCGUCUGGAACAGAUUUUUGUUACACGCAACACAUGGCCCACGAUUGGGGGUAUACCUGGCUUGGCCUUGACUGUUCAGGAUGCGGGGGUGAAGGAACUGUCUUUACAUGGUCCACCAUACAUUGAUAGCAUUUUGAUGUCUAUGAAGAAGUUUGUGGUACUCAAGAGUUUACAGUUGAAGACUGUCGACUGCACGUUGUCGCAAGAUUUCGAGGAUUCUGUAAUGAAUGUAAAAUGUUUGCCACUGUAUAGCACAAAGGCAAAUGACACCAAUAGCCAAGAAUCGGUGGUAAUUUCCUAUGUAUGCACAUUGAAGCCACGUCCUGGUCCACUUAAUCUGGAAAAAUGUGUAGAACAUGGUGUGCCACCUGGACCCCUGUUGGGUCUUUUGAAAAAUGGCAUUGAUGUAACAUUGGAAAAUGGCACCGUGGUCAAAUCUGCCGAUGUCAGCGAACCAAAUGAAAAUCCAUUGUCAUUUAUCUUCCUCGAUAUACCGUCAGUGGAGUUUUUGGAUAAUUUGGAAAAACAUCACGAAUUGCUUGUCAAUACCCGCAUCAAUCCAGACAAAACACCAGAAUUGGCCUUAAUGGUGCAUUUUGCCCCAGCAGAGGUGCUGAGCAAUAAUGUCUACAAAACAUUUUUGGAAAAAUUUGCACCAUCAACCCAACAUAUUUUCUUGAAUGCCGCACAAAAUACUUUUUCGGGAUAUAUCGCUGCUCAUCGCAUACAAUAUCAGCUGAAUCAAUUGAAUCCCAAAGUUUUUCCAAUUUUGGCAGAGGCAACAAAUCUUUUGGGCGGUUUGAGCAGCAAAAUGAAAAAAACCAAAUUGGAUGAUGAGGAUGCAGUCAAUGAAAUGGAACCCGUUUCUAGACACUCAGAAUCAUCGGGAUUUGAACAAAGACUAAAUGAUUUGAGCACAAUGAGUGUUUAUCAUUUGAGGCCAAGAAAGGGUUUGGAUCGCACAUCUGAAGCCAAGUUGCAGCCUAGCGAGUAUAUAAAUGAAACUCAAAUUUUACCCGAUUUCCCAAGUAUGUUGGAAAAACUCAAAGCUGAUUUAAACACCACUUCCCCCUCUGCAAUCCCAAGUGCUAAAUAUCCCAUUAUAACAUUCCUUGGAACUGGUUCUUGUAUACCCAAUAAGACACGGAAUGUUAGUUCAAUACUGGUACAAUCCCAAGAAAAUGGCUAUGUUUUGUUGGACUGUGGUGAAGGUACUCUCGGCCAAAUAGAGCGUAUGUUUGGCAUGACCAAGGCCAAGGAUGUGAUUAGAAAUUUAAAAAUUAUCUAUGUCUCACAUUUACAUGCCGAUCAUCACAUUGGCCUAAUUGGUUUGCUCACGGAGAGAAUCAAGUUGUCAGCUGAGGCGAAAGUAGAUUUAAAGAAAGUCUUGGUUAUGGCACCAAAACAAAUUGAACCCUGGUUAAAUUUCUAUCAAAAUUGCAUUCACAAUAUAAAAGAUUCGUAUGAAUUGAUUGGUAAUGCCGAUAUGCUAGACGAACCUAUAAAUCUGAAAGAAAGUCAUCAAGAUUUGGGCAUUGAUGCCAUACAAACCUGUAUGGUAAAACAUUGUCCACAUUCAUUUGGUGUUAAGCUAAGUAUUAGUCCAGUUGAGGGUGGGCAAGAAGAACCCAUAACUGUGACCUAUAGCGGUGACUCAAUGCCUUGCAAGGAUCUUGUGGAUUUGGGCCUUAAUUCUACGAUACUUAUACACGAAGCCACCAUGGAAGAUGAUUUGGCUGAUGAGGCAAAAUUGAAAAUGCAUAGCACAAUCUCGCAGGCCAUACAACAGGGCCAGGCCAUGAAUGCAAAGCAUAUUAUUCUUACACAUUUCUCUCAACGUUAUGCCAAACUACCACGUCUCUCCAUGAAUGAAGAUAAUACCUGUUCAAUGUCGAAUGUUUCCAUAGCCUUUGAUAAUAUGCAAAUCUCUUUGGACGACUUGCACAAUUUCCAUUUAAUGUAUCCUGUAAUGCGUUCAUUGUUUGCCGAACACGCCGAAGAGUUGGAACAGAAAGCCUUGAAGCGAGAACUGAAAUUGGAAAGAAAACGUAAAUUAAUGAGUACAUAAUAAGAUUGUUAAAAAGGGUUUUUGUCCCGGAAUGCUUGUUAGCUUAAUUCAUUUUUUUUUUGUACGGAAUUGUUAUAGAUUCGCCGCAUUAUGUUUUACUUGAUUGACUAUAAGACUAUGUGAAAAACCAAUCAUGCAAGUAUGGUAUAUUUUUUAAUAAAGGAAACUUUGCGAAAAAAGUUUAAAA